CCGCUUCCUACGGAACCACCCUUGAGCUCAGGGUUCUGCCCUUUGAUCUCGUGGGAGACCGUAGUCAUAUUACUCCUGCGAGCGCACGCGCGUUAGUCAACGCAUGGAUCUGGAGCAAGUUCGCCGCCUCUCACCAUCCCGCGACCCAUCCGAACCAGACGAUCACGUCGCUGACGCCGUUCUGAAACCCAUUGCACGACAAAUGGAGCACUCCGCGAGCUUUACCGUUGAAAGCUGGAGCGAGAAGACCUUCGUCAGCGCGCAGUCGUUGGCGGAGCCCCCACGCCACUUGCUCACCAAAGGUGCGCCAUCGGCCUUGUGGAUCGUCUUCAAUCCACGAAACCUUUCCACCCCCAGGAGACCAAUCGCCGAAGUUUCUGUCACGAGUGGCGAAGACACUGAGACAGUAGACGUUGCUCUGCACGCAACGGGUAGGGCGCUGAAAGGGAAUGAUGCCCUUGUGGCUGGGAAUUCCGCGGUCGCGAGCCUCGAUAGACGUGACCGUGGGUACAGCCAGCACGCUGCCGAUGAUGCCAAAGAGGCAGGCGCAGGCGAACGACAAGAGCGUGUGGAGGAGCAUCGUGGGUGGGUAAGGCAGGUGACGUUGUUGAUGCCAAAGGAAGGAGAGAAGCCGAUUCGGUUGUCGAGCCAGCGGUCAGCAAAUCACUCGCCACCAGUCUGUCGUCGCAGCUGCGGGGGGGUGGCUUUGCUCGGUUUGCAACGGGCCGAAUGUCGGGCCGCAAUUGGCCGCGACUGUCAUGCUGCGAUCAAGCUCGCGCCAAAGCUUCACGAUUUCUCGGGCCGAAAGACAAAGAUACGAUGCUCGGACAACUCAGUCGUCGGCACAGCGAACGACAAAAUCAGCCCAGGGCUGACCAGAGCCCACAGCCCAUCCGUGCGGUCCAGCAUUCUGCGUAGCGCAAGGCGUUGGUGAGCUCUCCCGUUCUCACUGUUGGGAUCGACAGGCCAAUACGCCGCACGCACCACUCUCUUACCGUCGGACGUGCUGCCAUCUAGGUUGGUGCUUGUCGUACUCAUGUUACUCCU